AUAGCGGCAGCGCGCGUUGGGCGAGCUCUUCGCGCGGGCAGUCCGCGUCCGCGCGUUCCGCCGCUCGCUGCUUUGGCACUCGCGAGCUCAUCACCUCUUGUCCUCGUUCCACCGAUGAUCGCGCGUUUACUGGAAAAUCCGUACACGAUCAUUAAGUUCGGGUCAUUCGCUUACGUCCUUAUCCCGCGUAGUGCUUUAUAAAAUUAUACCGCUUUUUGUGCACCAACUUUGUGUGAACCCUGCACAUCAUCCUGGCCUCAUCAGGUGCAUCUGUGAGACGGCAGUUGAGUGGGAGCACGUGGCGGCGAAAUCGAUAGUUGGGAUACACCCCUCCUUGUUCUUCUCAAGGUCGUACGGGAAGGGUAAAGCAGCAGUGCAAAUAUGUGUGAAGCAGUGAGGCGGCGGAGUUUGGCAUCAUGAGCUAGCGGGCAUGGGAGGCGAGGGGGCGGGCCGCGGCGCCGCGCGCUUGCACGUGGGCGACUCGCCCCCGCGCGCGCCCAUGGGCUUCGCGGCGCCCGCGCACGAUGCGCUGCUCGACCGCGGGCUGGCGCCAGCGCCCGCGCCCGCGCUCGCCACCGGCGCCGGCGCCAACGCUGCCCUGCAGCGGGCGCACUCCAGAUCAAUGUCGUCGUUACCACCGGAGCCUUUCAUGAUGCUUCGUGCGAAGGCAUUGAGCAAGCGCGUGAUCAUCAACGUGGGCGGCGUGCGGCACGAGGUGCUGUGGCGCACGCUCGAGCGGCUGCCGCACACGCGCCUCGGCCGCCUGCGCGAUUGCAACACGCACGAGGCCAUCACAGAACUCUGCGACGACUACUCACUUCAAGACAACGAAUACUUUUUCGACAGGCAUCCGAAAAGUUUCAGCUCAAUCCUCAACUUUUAUCGGACUGGGAAAUUGCACUUAGUGGACGAGAUGUGUGUGUUGGCAUUCAGCGAUGAUCUCGAGUACUGGGGUGUGGACGAGCUGUACCUGGAGUCGUGCUGCCAGCACAAGUACCACCAGCGCAAGGAGCACGUGCACGAAGAGAUGCGCAAAGAGGCCGAGAGCCUGCGCCAGCGAGAAGAGGAGGAGUUUGGCCAGGGGACCUGCGCGCAGUACCAGAAGUGGCUUUGGGACUUGCUAGAGAAGCCAACCACGAGUAUAGCAGCCAGGGUGAUCGCGGUGAUAUCGAUCCUCUUCAUCGUGCUGUCCACGAUAGGGCUCACUCUGAACACGAUACCCCAGAUGCAAGUGCCCGACGAGAAGGGCGCGCCCAUGGACAACCCGCAGCUUGCCAUGGUCGAGGCGGUGUGCAUCACGUGGUUCACGCUCGAGUACGUGCUGCGGUUUAGUGCCUCCCCGGAUAAGUGGAAGUUCUUCAAAGGUGGACUCAACGUAAUAGACCUGUUGGCUAUACUGCCAUAUUUUGUAUCUCUUUUUCUGCUCGAAACCAAUAAGAACGCAACAGAUCAGUUUCAAGAUGUCCGCCGUGUCGUUCAAAUUUUUCGUAUAAUGCGAAUAUUGCGCAUUCUCAAACUCGCGCGACAUUCGACUGGGCUGCAAUCGCUCGGCUUCACACUUAGAAACUCAUACAAGGAGCUCGGAUUGCUCAUGUUGUUUCUUGCCAUGGGAGUGCUUAUAUUCUCCUCGUUGGCCUACUUUGCCGAGAAAGAAGAGCCGGGCACUAAGUUUAUUUCUAUUCCGGAGACAUUCUGGUGGGCCGGCAUCACUAUGACCACAGUCGGAUACGGUGACAUUUACCCCACGACCCCGUUGGGCAAGGUCAUCGGCUCAGUUUGCUGUAUCUGCGGCGUGCUGGUAAUUGCGUUACCCAUCCCCAUUAUCGUCAACAAUUUCGCCGAGUUUUACAAGAAUCAGAUGAGGCGCGAAAAGGCGCUUAAGCGGCGGGAGGCGCUCGAGCGCGCCAAGCGCGAGGGCUCCAUCGUUUCCUUCCAUCACAUAAACUUGCGCGACGCCUUCGCUAAGAGCAUGGACCUCAUCGAUGUCAUUGUCGAUACAGGACACAACUUGUCGCAGGCAGACGCCACUAGCCUUGAGGGCGAGGCUCCCGCAACGACAGGCUGCUACAAACAGUACGAGCAUGCCAUGACUAACAAGCAGCCCCAGAACACUGACCCUAGCCAGUUUCAGAGCAGUCCUAAGAAAGAGCGGCGGUAUUCCAACGAAGGUCUCGGCUCGCCAGAAAAACGCUUACUCUUAAAUCCCGAGCCCACACCAGAAAAGAAGAUGGCUGACAAACAGCUUGACUUGGAUCAGCUGCCUUCUGAGUUUGAAUGUUGUUUUUGCACGUUCAAGGGCUACAAGGAGUUCAUAGACGCGGAACAGCUGAUGCCGAUGUCCACGUCGGACCUGCGACAGCCGGUGUGCGUGGAGCUGGCGUGCCUGCAGCGACACCCUGCGCCGAAGGCCUUGCCCGAGGCCACUCCCAACAGCUUGGACAGUCCAGAUACAUUUGCAUCAUGCCUUACGCACCCUUUUCCUUCAGAGGGCGACAUCGCAUGCGAGAACGACUCGUCAAACUUGUAUGUGAAUCCUCUGGACGGUAACGGCGGUGGCGGCGCGGGUGCCGGUGGGGAGGGGGUGUCGGCAGAGUUUAACGGAGUGCGCAGGAGCGCCUCCGGGGAUGGGAGCGUGUUGUGUGCGAAAGGUUCGCAGGGCGAGGGGUCGCCGCGAGGGUCCCGCGGCUCGCGCGCCAGCUUGCGCGGCGGCGUGUGCUCGGGCUCGUGCGCAGGCGCGGGCUCGGGCACGGGCGCGGGCGCGGGCGCGCUGGACGCGUCGCGCACGUCGCUGCCGCAGCCACUCGAUGACGCGGCCGCCGCGCUCGCGUCGCUGGCGCAGACCGAAGACGCCAAGCCCAAGCACAGGAAGGCGCGCUUUCAGCAGGAUUGGUCAGAGGAAGAGAGGAGACCGCCGAGAGGGAUAGCGACGAGGAUCAUUAAUCAUCAUAUCCUAUUUGGUAAAAAUGGCAAUAAGCGUGGCGGCGGAUGGCCGCUGGACGGCGACUCUCGCUCGCGCUCCAUCCUCAAGAACAAGGAGUCACGAGGAACGGACAGCGAGCUUCUUCUGCAGGAAACUACGUCCAUCGGCCCAAAUGGUGACUCCGGCAGCGAGUCGUCGCCAAUUCGACUGAAAGACUUUAAGGGACAGAACCACAAGGGCGGCGCGUCGGAGCGGGACGACAUCGUGACGUAAGCGGAGCGCCAGCUGCUGGACUUGCCACUCACGACUGGCUCACUCGCCACACCAGCGACUAAACCCUACACCGCAAUAACAUUUAUAAAAUAUAUUCAGAUAAUUUAACAUAUCAUUGGGCGAUUGUGACUGCUUGUUGAAUAGAUUUUCAUUUCGUAGAGUUAUAAAUAUUGUAAAAAUAUAUUAUUACUUAUUGAGUAAUAAUCGUUCAUUCCAAUCGAAAAGUUGAAGAUACCUAUUUGUUAAGUUUUUUACGUGCAAUUAUUAAUUGCUAAUUGUAAUGUAAGGGUCAUAGUUUGUACAGCGUAGUAGAUGAAAAUGAAGCAAUUAUUAAAAUUAAACAUUUUCUGAAAUUGUUAAAAAAUCUAUUUUUAAUACCCAAUUGUUUGGAAGCAUAAGAAGAUGUUGUAAUAUUUAAAUUAAAUGUUUAGAAAGUAUGCGACGGCUGAAAUUAUCAACACGUGUUAUUAGUCAACAAUAAUAUUUAUUUGGAAGCUAAUAUAUUUUCCAUUAUAAGUAUUAAAAGUGUAGAAAUAUAACAUAAAAUUCACAUUAACAUUAGGAACGUGCUCGUGAAGAAAAGGGACGAUGUAACAGUUUAACAUACAGGUGUGUGCAACACACACUCGCAACUCGCAACAUUGCACCAUGCUGCAACACGCAACGUCAAAAAAUGACAAUCACUGUUGGAAUACAAAUAAUUUAAUAAAGGUCUAACAUAAUACUCACUGUCACAUUAACAUAAUAUAAUACUUAAAUCUUAAAUAAAAUAUUUGUUACAUAAAAUGAUUCGUGCAAGUUAAAAACAAAAUGAAGACAAUACUUUGGUUUGCAAUGAGUAAUAAUUACGACUACGAACACUGGUUCAAUGUAGAAAUAAUUUACAUCUGCCACAGUACCAAAAAUGUACACGUCUAAAAGAGAUUAUUUUUACACACUACAAUUAUUCUCGUAUUUCAGACGUUUCGACAAAAUAUAAUUCUUUAAUGAUAAAUAAUUUCUUAUAGUGAACACUCAGGCACCUCACUUGCAUAUUGUUGGCAGUUGAACAUGUUACAUGGCACGCGACACGGCACUCCUGCGCCGACACUCCUCAGCCCUCACCGAGGGCCGAGUACUGACCGCACUCUCAAUGCCUUUAUACAUUGUCAUCUCUAUGAAAA